UUUAGGGCGCUCAGAUCCCUUUCGACGUUACAAAAAUGAUAGGCGGGAUUUUUAUCUACAAUCACAAAGGCGAAGUCCUAAUAUCAAGAAUAUUUCGCGAUGAUGUCUCAAGAAAUGCUGCAGAUGCAUUUAGAGUCAAUGUCAUUCAUGCGCGGCAACAAGUUCGUUCACCUAUCAGCAUUGUAGCAAGGACAAGCUUCUUCCACGUAAAGAGAGCAAACAUCUGGAUAUGCGCUGUGGCUCGUCGUAAUGUUAAUGCUGCUAUGGUCUUUCAGCUAUUACACGCACUUCUAAACCUGAUGAAGGAUUACUUUGGUAGAGUUACGGAGGAAAAAAUAAAAAAUAACUUCGUUCUGAUAUACGAAAUUCUAGAUGAGGUUAUUGAUUACGGAUAUGGACAAAACACAGAUACAGGAAUUUUAAAGUCUCUUAUUACCCAGGCAGGAACACGUACUGCCAGUAAAGAGGAGACUGCGCAAAUAACAAAUCAAGUUACUGGUCAGAUUGGAUGGCGUCGUGAAGGUAUAAGAUACAGAAAAGAUGAACUGUUUUUGGAUAUCAUGGAGUCAGUCAAUCUUCUUAUGUCACCACAAGGACAAGUUUUAUCUGCACACGUGGCUGGUCGAGUGAUCAUGAAAUCUUAUCUAAGUGGUAUGCCGGAAUGUAAAUUUGGUUUUAAUGAUAAAGUCAGUUUGGAAAAUAAACAGCGAUCUACAGUUGGUACAGAAGACAGUAGUACUGGAGGUAUUGCAAUCGAUGAUUGUCAAUUUCAUCAAUGUGUUAAACUGGGUCGAUUCGAAACGGAACAUACCAUUUCGUUUAUUCCACCAGAUGGUGAAUUUGAAUUGAUGCGUUAUAGAACUACCAAGGAGAUUAGUUUACCAUUUCGUGUAAUACCAUUGGUUCGUGAACUUGGUAAAACUAAAAUGGAUGUGAAAGUUAUACUGAAAGCAAAUUUUCGUCCAAAUUUAUUUGCACAAAAAAUUGAAAUCAAUAUACCAACUCCAAUGAAUACAAGUGGUGUACAAGUUGUUUGUAUGAAAGGUAGAGCAAAAUAUAAAGCAGCUGAAAAUGCUAUUAUUUGGAAAAUAAGAAGAAUAUCUGGUAUGAAAGAUUGUCAAUUGUCUGCUGAGAUUGAAUUGUUACAAGCGUCAGAUAAACAAAAACGUUGGAUGCGUCCACCGAUUUCUAUGAAUUUUGAGGUACCAUUUGCACCAUCUGGAUUUAAAGUACGUUUCUUAAAAGUAUUCGAACCGAAAUUGAAUUAUUCCGAUCAUGAUGUAGUGAAAUGGGUUCGUUAUAUUGGUAAAAGUGGUCUAUACGAGACACGAUGUUAAUGAAAACAAAUAGAGACAUAAAUUUCAUGUGUCAGUUAACACAUGAACCCUAACCAACUGCUAAUACCAGCACCUUUUUUUCUUGUCUUCUCAAUCAAUGAUUGAUUAUCAAUUGUGUCGUUUUAUUGAAAAUUGCGAGAAAUCCAAUCACAUAUAAACAAACACACACCCGCACACACACGCUCACACACACAAAUACAAGCAUAAUAACCAAUUAUGCAUAUUGAUCUAUUCAAAUUCAAGUGUUCAUCUCAUGUGGGGAGGAUUUUUGACGGUCGAUUAGCCUUUCUUCUUCGCCUUCUUCUUCUUCCCAUUUACCUACUUACUACUACAUUGUCAUAUUUGACAUUCAAUAGGCGCGGUGGCAGGUGUACGUACAAUUGUGUGUAUUGUAUUGUAAACGGAUUGAUGCGAAUCCGUUUGUGCAUUUUGUUUUUUUCUUCAAAUUCAACCCCGUGUUAAUUGUUUUCUGCUCACAAAUGCGUUCUUCUUCCGAAGGAGUUCUUCCUCAUCACCCUUCCUUCACUCCACUACAAAUCAAUGCUUUGCAUAAAUCAUUCUGAUUUUGAAGCUCAUUUAUUUAUUGCUUUGCUCAUUCCAUGUAUUUAUGACUUUUCUUCUAACUUUAUAUCACUAUUGUUAUUAUUAUUAUUAUUAUUACUAUCUACAUCCUGCUGUUCCUACAAUUUGAACAAAUUAACUAUAACUUUAACUUUAUUGUGGUACACUUUAUAUUUCCCUCCCCCUCCGCCCCACACCGACCCGCUCUAUUUCAAUCAUUGGCUACUUACUUAUACAAUCAAACAAUUUCAUUGAAAAAUCUUCAUUGAUAUUAUUUGAUUUACUGUUGUUGUUGAUGUUGACGUUGUUGUCUUUUUUUAUUGUUGUUGUCACGGGUUUUUUCUUAUUCCAUGUGAUUCGCAAAGUCUGUUCUCCGCUCUUCUCUCUCACUCUCCUUAUCUCUCUCUGUACUCUCUGUACUCGCUCCAGUCUGUCGAAUCAUAUUUAGUAUCUUUUUUUUUCGAAUUAUCUCAUCAUGUUACUGAUUAACGAACAAUAAGUAGAUAGUUAUUAGUAGUAUCUUUAUGAUUAUUAUUAUUAUUAUUUCAUAUUAUAUGCACUUAUGAUUUAAUUUAAUUUGUUUUUUAAAGUAUUUUUAAGAAAAAAAAAGUAUCUAUCGA